ACUUAAAUUGAAAGUCCAAGCGAGACUCGGAUUCAGACAGUGUCGAGUUCUGUGACCGCCCAGACAGCAAAUCCCAGCAUUAAAAUCUAAAACAAAAUGCCCCUCACCGAGCAAUUCAACGCCGCCGCCGAGAAGGUGAAGACGCUGACCAAGCGUCCCAGCGAUGAUGAGUUCCUCGAGCUCUACGCUCUCUUCAAGCAGGCCACCGUUGGCGACAACGAGACCAGCAAGCCUGGUCUCCUCGACCUGAAGGGCAAGGCCAAGUGGGAGGCAUGGAACAAGCAGAAGGGUAAAUCCACUGAGGCAGCACAGAAAGAAUACAUCGCCUUCGUUGAGGGUCUGGCUGCCAAGUACGCCUAAGAUGACAAAGACCAAAGGAGACCUGAGCGCAGCUAAUGCGAUACUAAAUUGAUUUUAAACAAUUACCGGAGAGACUAUUUAUAUAUGGUAGACACUAUGAUCUUUUUAAGUGUGUAAUAAAAAAUAACAAAUUGUUUUUUAAAGCCAAUGUUCCAAUUGCCAUUGCAACCUUUAGUCGACCAUCUUCACAUCACUUCACUUUGAGUUCGUUUCUAUUUGUAAUGAUAUUUGCAAGGCAAAUACCAGAUACAUUCGUAUAAGUAUGUUUGGACUUCAUAUUCCGGUUCCAGAUUACCCAACCAACGACAAACACAAAUACAAAUACAAAUUCGAAUGCGAUUCGGAAUCCGAGUGUAGAUCGUGUUGCAACUCGUCGGUUGCGUUCUUUGGACGCUCGUCUGCUCAUUAGCGAUUAACUGUUAAUCGCAAGCUGUUUGAAACACUUUCAGACAGACACACCUGCUUUUAGUUUGGCGAAUAGUGACCUUGAGCUUUUUCAGCUCUAGAUGAUUGCAGUCAUUCGAUGUGACAAAGUUCUAUCCGGCAUUUCACUUAGCUUUUAACAUACAUAUAAAA